ACCUGUUUGUUGAAAAGGCGGCUUGCAUCGAACUGCACACACUCUGCAGGAUGUCCUUCUGGGUGGCAGUCGUGGUUGCCUUGGGAGUUGGUCUUUUGGGGGUCCUGUACCUGACGGGCUUCUUCCGCCGAAGACGAGACAAUGAACCUCCUUUGGACAAAGGGCUUAUUCCAUGGCUAGGACAUGCGCUGCACUUCCGAAACGACAAUAUGGAUUUCCUGAAAACAAUGCAGAAGAAACACGGGGACAUCUUCACCACCUUGAUCGCAGGGCAGUAUUUUACCUUCUUGAUGGACCCGUUGUCCUUCAGUGGCAUCGUCAAGGAAGCCCGAAGUAAACUGGAUUUUAUUUCGUUUGCAGCGGAGCUGGUCCUCAGGGUGUUUCGAUUUGAGGCCUCCCAGGAGACACACAAGAUCAUCGAAGUCUCCAGCGCAAAACAUCUGAAGGGGGAAGGCCUGGUGGUGAUGACCCAAGCCAUGAUGGAUGCUUUGCAGACCGUCUUACUCCAGUGGCAAGAAAGCUCCCAAAAAGAUCCAAAAUCCUGGAAAGAAGACGGUUUGUUCCACUUUUGUUACAACACGGUCUUCAGAGCCGGCUACCUGGCUCUGUACGGCACCGAACCCAGUGAAAAACAGAACGAGAAAUUGAAACAGAAAGACCAGCAGCACACCGAAGAGGUGUACGUCGAAUUUCGCAAAUAUGACAAGCUCUUCCCGCGCCUCUCGUACGCCUUGUUGACCCCGUCGGAGUGGGGCCAAGUGAAGAAAAUCUGGAACUACUUCUGGCAGAUGCUUUCGGUGAAGAACGUCUACCAGAAGGACAACAUCAGCCGGUGGGUCAGCGACCAGGCUCAACAGCUAGCCGAAAGUGGGACAUCCGACGAGAUGAGGGACCGGUUCAUGUUCCUGCUCCUUUGGGCCGCUCAAGGUAACACCGGUCCAGCUUCCUUCUGGCUCCUGGAGUACCUGAUGAAGCAUCCCAAAGCCAUGGAAGAGGUCAAGAAGGAGAUUGAGGAGGUGGUGAAGAAGUCAGGCCAAGAGGUGGCCUCCCGCCAGAAGCCCUUGAACGUCACCAAGGAGAUGCUAAGCCAAACGCCCAUCCUGGACAGCGCCGUAGAAGAGACCUUGAGGUUGGUGACGGCCCCGUUGUUGGUCCGGCUGGUUUUACAAGACAUGGACUUCAAGCUCCACCACGGGAAGUCCUACCUGCUGCGGAAAGGCGACAAAAUCGCCCUCUUCCCUUACCUCUCAGCCCACAUGGACCCCGAAAUCCACCAGGAGCCCCAGGCCUUCAAAUAUGACCGUUUCCUCAGCCAAAACGGCGACAAAAAGGAAUUUUUUAAAAAUGGUGAGAAGGUAAAGUAUUUCACCAUGCCUUGGGGGGCUGGGACCUCCAUGUGUCCUGGCCGUUACUUCGCCACCAACGAAAUCAAGCUUUUCGCCUUUCUGAUGCUGGCUUGUUUCGAUCUGGAGCUGACCAAUCAGCAAGAGGAGAUCCCUGCCAUAAACAAGACCCGCUAUGGGUUUGGGGUGAUGCAACCCAUGAAUGAUGUCCAGUUUAGGUACCGUUGCCAAUGCUAAAAACAGAAGCGGAGGUCUGCACACGAUAGUCCAAGAUAACCAGGGAGUUUUCACCGGUGAACUGGUUUGUCUCUAUGUUGGGGGAUUCAGACUGUGUGUGUGUGUGUGUGUGUGUGUGUGUGUGUGUGUGUGUGUAUGUGUGUGUGUGUGUGUGUGCUCAUGCUCCUUCCUUUCUUUUUGCACACUUAGCUUGCACAUGAUAAUCUAGGAUAACCAGAGAUAUUUCACCAGUGAACUGGUUCAUCUCUAUGAGACUCUCUCUCUUUCUGUGUGUGUGUUUGUGUAUUAACAGCUUCUUUUCCUUUUGCACACUUCUCUUGGCACAAGAUGAUCAAGAAUAAUCAGGGAUAUUUCACAGGUGAACUGGCUUAUCUCUAUAUUAUGCAAUCAGAUUCUCUCUUUUCUUUUUCUCUCUCUCUCUCUGUGAACUUCCUUUCCUUUUGCACACUUCACUUGCACAAGAUAAUCUAGGACCGCGAUGGUGAACCUAUGGCACGCAGAGCCGUAUUGGUGGGCACGCGAGAUCAGCUCUGCUGCACAUGUGCGCGCUGGCCAGCUAUUUCCAGGCCUUCUGGACCCACAGAAAGCUGGCAAAUGAGCCGUUUCUGGCCUCUGGGGGUGGGGGGUGGGGAAG